AUGGAACAAAAUGAUAUACAAAGUGGAAAGUUAGAAGAUAAUCUUCUUUCAGUUCCUGAAGAUCAAAAUCCGAAGAAUGUGCAAGAUUUGACAGGAUUGAUCCAAGGAGUAUUAAAACAAACUCAGGAGCGUUUUAAACAUAUGUCUGAUGAGAUUAUUGGACGAAUAGAUACAAUGUCAAAGCGAAUCGAUGAAUUAGAGAAAAAUAUUACUGAACUAAUGGCACAAUCUGGCUUAGACGUUGAAUCUUAA